CAUGGGUGCAAACAGUUUAGGCGCUCAUUCAGCUUUAGCAACUUUUUAUAAGUCCACUAUCGAUUCACCACUAAUGUUUAUGUAAUUUAAAGUCUAAAUGUGAGCAAGUCAGCAACAUGACAGCAAUAAACAAAGAGGAGCUUUUAGCUGUGAUGACGACAUGUUCAAAGGGCGCAAGUGCGGUGUGUUUUUGAAGUGUGCUGAUAUGUAUUGUUACUGAAGACCCAAAAGCAGCCAUGGCGGACACCGAGGAAUUGGGGAAGCCUGCUCGGUCUGCUGAAAGGCAAGGGCGAUUAACAGCAGUCUUAGCUCUGGCAACACUUAUAUCUGCCUUUGGGUCGUCCUUCCAGUAUGGAUAUAACGUGGCUGUCAUCAACUCUCCAGCACCAUUCAUGCAGAACUUUUACAAUGUCACCUUCUUGGAGCGUUACGGAGCACCCAUGGAGGAGAAUCUGCUGACUCUGCUGUGGUCGCUAUCUGUGUCAAUGUAUCCGCUCGGAGGCUUCUUCGGUUCUCUCCUGGUGGCUCCACUGGCCAACAAGCUGGGGAGAAAGGGCACCCUUCUCUUCAACAACGUCUUCUCCAUCGUCCCUGCUAUAAUGAUGGGAGUCAGCCAGCUUGCAAAGUCUUAUGAGAUCAUCAUAGUAGCGAGAGUCAUAGUGGGAGUCUGUGCAGGUCUUUCAUCCAAUGUGGUGCCCAUGUAUCUGGGCGAACUCUCACCCAAAAACCUGAGAGGAGCAAUUGGCAUCGUACCGCAGCUCUUCAUCACCAUUGGCAUCCUCAGUGCCCAAGUGUUGGGCAUCAGAAACAUACUCGGCAACAGCACAGGCUGGACGCUCAUGCUGGGUCUCACUGGUAUUCCUGCCCUGAUUGAGAUCCUGCUGCUGCCCUUCUUUCCAGAGAGCCCCAGGUACACACUCAUCCAAAGGGGCGACAAAACAACGGCAAAGAAAGCGCUACAGCGCCUGCGCGGUUGGGCCGACGUGGCGGAGGAGCUGUCAGAGAUGCGUUUAGAGGACCAGUCGGAGAAGGCGGAGGGUCGCUUGUCCUUGCUUUCCUUGCUGUCCAAGCGUUCUCUUCGCUAGCAGCUGGUCUCCAUCGUCGUAAUGAACAUGGGUCAGCAGCUGUCAGGGGUCAACGCGAUCUACUACUACGCAGACAGCAUAUACGCCAAUGCGGGGGUGGCCCAAAAUUACAUCCAAUACGUCACAGUUGGAACCGGUGCUGUUAACGUCAUCAUGACCAUCGCAGCUGUGUUCAUCGUGGAGGCCUUAGGGAGACGUAUCCUCCUCCUCUGUGGAUUUGGGAUCUGCUGUGGCUCCUGUCUGAUGCUCACCAUUGCCCUCCACUUCCAGGAGAGUGUGACAUGGAUGUCUUAUGUCAGCAUCGCGUCCGUCGUCAUCUACAUCAUGGGACAUGCCAUUGGACCCAGUUCAAUCCCGUACGUGGUGACCACCGAGAUGUUCCGCCAGUCAGCCAGACCCGCUGCCUUCAUGGUGGCAGGUUCUAUCCACUGGCUCUCCAACUUCACUGUUGGCCUGCUCUUCCCCUUCAUGGAGAGAGGCCUGGGGUCUUACAGCUUCAUCGUUUUUUCCUGCGUUUGUCUGCAAGCGCUGAUUUACAUCUGGCUGGUGCUGCCCGAAACCAAGAACAAGACCUUCCUGGAGGUCUCCCAGAUGUUUGCAAAGAGGAACAAGGUGGGGCUCAAGCUGGGAGAGGAUGGCAACGUGAAAGACAACAAAGAGAGCCUGCAGGAUGCAUGGAAGGUCACAUCCUUUUGAGAGGGAAAAUAGAGGAAGUCUUCACUUUGGGGGGGGGGGUUGGAUGUGAUUCUAAUUUUAUUUUCAAUGAACAUUUGCACAAUGUUUUUUUGCAGCAUUAUCAAAAAUAAUCCACGUUUUUGUCAAUGCAUUACUUACUUUAUUCGUAUAUUGCUAAAGCCUACAUUAAAUACUGACUGAUCAUGUCCCCUAAUAUAUUGCCAUGCAUAUUUUAAGGCAUUUCGUGUAUAUUUCAGCAUCUGUACUGACUGUCUAGCUGCACCCCCCCGUACAGGCUAAGUUUGGUGGUCCCCCAGCUAAACACAUUUCCCUGCGCCGUGACGUUCCUCUCACAUGACAUCUGGUUCCGAAUGUUUGCCGUGCUGAGGGUAUAGUCCCACACGUUCACAUCCGUCAUCUUCCCCACAAAGGCAUCCGUGUUGGAAAUACCCAGCAAGCUGUCCUGGUCGUUUCCCAAGACAAACACCCCGCCGGGGGUAAUGGUGUAGCCGUUUUUUAAGUAGCGUCGCUCCCCCACCAUGCCGUUGAUCCACAGCUCCGCGCCCCCUGUGCGGGACGACCACGUGAUGCAGUAGUUGGCCCAGCUUUGGGACUGGAAGUUGAACGGCAAGUUGACGAACUCGUUGCCGAUCCAGAGGCCCACCUCCUUGCUGUCUCGGUCCUCGCUGAUGGAGAUCACCAGCUCGUUGUGGAUGCUGUUGCUGGAGUAGGAGAUGACCGUGUGCGCGCCCUCCCGUUCAGGCAACACGUGCAUGCAGACGGUGAAGGAGUCCAGCUUCAUGGGACGGCCCAGGUGGGCUUUUGCAUAACUGCCAGUAUUCUCCCGCUGGAAGUUGAGCACGAGAGGGAACAAAGCUUGAGGUUCUGAGGGAGACAAAGAGUCUUAAAUGACGGUUGAGCAUCAGUUAGGUAAUGCAUCCUCUUGCCCUGUGAAUGACUGCUGACCCACUCUCUGCAACCCUGAACAAUAAUAACAAUAAGUGAUUAAAAAAAACAUCUGCCUAAAUAGAACACAUUCUCCCCUCAUUUUACAAAUAGAACUAUAUUGCCACAAGUAUUGGCCACCUGCCUUGACUCACAUAUGAACUUGAAGUGGCAUCCCAUUCCUAACCUAAGGGUUCACUAUGAUGUCGGUCCACCUUUUGCAGCUAUUACAGCUUCAGCUCUUUUGGGAUGGCUGUCCACAAGGUUGCGGAAUGUGUUUAUAGGAAUUUUUGACCAUUCUUCCAAAAGCGCACUGGUCAGGUCACACACUGAUGUAGGUCGAGAAGGCCUGGCUCUCAGUUUCCGUUCUAAUAUCAUCCCAAAGGUGUUCUAUCGGGUUCAGGUCAGGACUCUGUGCAGGCCAGUCAAGUUCAUCCACACAGAUUCUGUCAUAUAUGUCUUUAUAGACCUUACUUUGUGCACUGGUGCACAGUCAUGUUGGAAGAGGAAGAGGCCUGCUCCAAAUUGUUCCCACAAGGUUAGGAGCAUGGAAUCAUCCAAAAUGUUCUGGUUUCCUGGAGCAUUCAAAGUUCAUAUCUCUGGAACUAAGGGGCCAAGCCCAACUCCUUAAAAAAAAAAACAAAAAAAAACAACAACAACCCCACACCAUAAUUCCUCCUCCACCAAAUUUCACACUUGGCACAAAGCAGUCCGAAAUGUACCGUUUUCCUGGAAACCUCUAAACCCAUACUCGUCCAUCAGAUUGCCAGAUGGAAACGCGUGAUUCAUCACUCCUGAGAACGCGUCUCCACUGCUCUAGGGUCCUUUACACCACUGCAUCUGACGCUUUGCAUUGGACUUGGUGAUGUAUGGCUUAGAUGCAGCUGCUUGGCCAUGGAAACCCAUUCCAAGAAGCUCUCUGCGUACUGUACGUGGGCUAAUUGGACGUUCACUUGAAGUUUGGAGCUCUGUAGCAACUGACUGUGCGGAGAGUCUUAGCACUAUGCAUCCGCUGACCCCUCAUUGUCAGUUUACGUGGCCUACCACUUGGUGGCUGAGUUGCUGUUGUUCUCAAACUCUUCCAUAUUCUUAUAAUAAAAAACACAGUUGACUUUGGAAUAUUUAGGAGCGAGGAAAUUUCACGACUGGAUUUGUUGCAGAGGUGGCAUUUUACGACAGUUCCACAAUGGAAAUCACUGAGCUCCUAAGAGCGGGCGAUUCUUUCACAAAAAUUUGUGGAAACAGUGUCCAUGCAUAAGUGCUUGAUUUUAUACACCUGUGGCCGGGAGAAGUGAUUAGGACACCUGAUUCUCAUCAUUUGGAUGGGUGGCUUUUCCGCUACUCGGCCUUUGUUUAUGCUGUUUUGACAUAAUACUCAGACUUGGUUGUUGUGUUUUUGAAUAAAUAUUUAUUUGUAAAUAUCCUGAUUUUUUUUUUUUACAAAAUGUCAUAGACCUGCAUUGCCAGAAUGUACCAACCUGACAAAGAGGUUUGUCACUAUAGUGUCAUAAAGGUGCAUUGACAGAAGUUACCACCCUCUGAAAGAGGGGGGUCAUUAUACUGUCAUAGAUGCAUUGACAGAAGAUUCCACUCUGUCCAAGAGAUGUGUUGAUGAUGUUACCACCCUGUGGUAGAAGUUCAUUGACAGAGGUUGCCACUCUGUCACACGUGAGCAUUAACAGAAGUUACCACCCUGUCAAAGGGGUGUGUCACUAUACUGUCAUAGGUGCGCAUUGACGGAGGAUACCACUAUGUCGAAGAGAUGUACUGACAUGGAUAACCGCUCAGUCAUAGAAGUGCACUGUCAGAAGUCACUACUCUGUCGCAUGUGAACAUUGACAGAGGUUUCCAUUCUGUCAAAAAGAUGUGUUGACAGAAGUUACCACCUUUUCAUAGAGGUUCAUUGACAAAAGUUGCUACUCUCCUGUAGACGAGCAUUCACAGACAUUACCUCCCAGUCAAAGAAGCGUGUUACUAUAUUGCAUUGACAAAAGACACCCCUCUGUCAAAGAGAUGUGUUGACAGAAGUUACUACACUGUCAUAGUGGUGCUUUAACAGAAGUCAACACCUUGUCAAAAAAGUGGGUCACUAUGCUGUCAUUGAGUUGUUUUGAAAGAAGAUACCACUUUGUCACAGAGAUGUGUUGACAGAGUUACCACUUUGUCGCAGAGGUAAAUUGACAGAAGUCACCAUCCUGUCAAAAAGGUGUUUCACUAUACUGUCAUCGAGGUGCACUGAAAGAAGAUGCCACGCGGUCAAAGAGAUAUGUUGACAGAAGUUACCACCAUGAAAUAGAGGCGGAUUGACAGAAGUUACCACACUGUCGAAGUAGUGUAUCACUGCAUCGCAUUGACAGAAGA